AUGAUAUUUGCGGUCUCCAUACUCGCCAUAUCGCUGUCGUUCCUACUCUACCACCACCCACCGUCAACAUGGCCCGCAUUGUACGCCCAAGCGAAAGAUGGUGCGGCGAGCUCGCGGCUGGAUAAGUCGCAGAGCGGCGAAGCGGAGCACAAAGCCCUAGAUGAACAGCGACACGUCGAGUUGCAGGAUCGCACCACACGCGACACGACAAACAAUGCCACCUCUGAGACUUCACCACAAACCACGCCAAAGGCCGCUCCACAAGAGCCGCCAAAUGUGCCUGCAGUCCCCACCUUCACGCUCGACUCGCAUCAGAGUUCAGAUGAAGAUGACGAUGAUGAAGAUGACCUGCCACCGCCCUCAUUUCCUGCCCUGAACUCGGCACAAAGAGCUGGUGGACAGGCUCCCACCUUCGCCAUGGCCCCGCCGCCAAAGCCGAACCUCAUGGCCCCGCCCAUGAAACCCGCCGCCUCGUCCCUCAUGCCACCCCCGCGAGUCGCGCCUUCCAAUCUACGCGCUCUGCCCACUAUGCGUGUACCCACCACAGGUCCUCUACCGAAUCGCGGCCCGCUACCGAACCGCGGGCCACCAGUUUCUGGCGGCGGUCUGGGUGUGCCUGUCUCUGGUCGCCCCACGGCGAACACGCCCAAUGCGCGUGGCAAAGUGCUUCUAUCACCAGGUCACUCGCCGCUCGACUGGGCACAUCUCCAGAAGUCAGGCAAGAACCUGUCGGGUGUCGACACUUUGAUGCGCGUAACUCCCGCUAUGCUGAAGGAGAAGAAUGGCCGGAAGUCUAAGCCGGCAUGGUCGGCCUACCAGGGCAAGGUCUACAACAUUUCACCAUAUCUGCCCAUUCCACCCAGGUGGUGA